AAGCAGGAAAUUUCUCAAACUUCACAAACUCUUCAAUCAUCUGAACACUAAGGUUCAUCAUGGCAAUGCUGAGAAACCUUCUGCUUCUUUCCAUCAUGGUCUCCAUGGGGAAUGCAGCAAUUGGAACAUGUCAAUGUCCCUAUGGAUGGGCAAAACUUGGAGUCAAAUGCUACAGGUUCUUCUCUCAGUCAGCUACCUGGGCCACAGCAGAGAAAAACUGUCAAAGUUUUGGUGCCAAUCUUGCUUCUGUGCAUAAUAAAGCGGAAAAUGAUUUCCUGCUGAGUCUGAUACCUGGUUCCUCCACACGCUGCUGGAUUGGUGGACAUGAUGGUGAACAAGAAGGACAGUGGCUGUGGACUGAUGGAUCUGUGAUUGAUUACAACAACUGGUGCGCUACAGAGCCGAACAACCUGAAUAUUGAGAACUGCUUGGAGAUGCAGUGGACCGUCAACCGUUGCUGGAACGAUCAGGGCUGUUCAACCUCAAUGGGAUACAUGUGUGCUGCAAACCUGUGAGAUCAAAUGCAGUCAUCCUGCUUCACAGUUACAUUGAUUGUACUAAUUUUACUUUUUCCAAUGAUAUCUUUACAAAAUGUUGCUCUGAAAUUAAAACUUACCUGAAUAUCUUCUCAAUACCUUCUCUGUAACACUCUUCAUAUCAAUAAAAUAAAAGCAAGUUG